AUGUCUAAUGAAGAAUAUGAUCAUCUUUAUAAAAUAAUUUUAGUUGGAGAUGCAACUGUAGGAAAGACACAUUUACUAUCGAGAUAUAUAAGGGGAUCACUUCCCAGUGUUGCAAAAGCAACAAUUGGUGUUGAAUUUGCUACUAGAACCAUCCCCUUAGCGGUGGGUGGGACCGUAAAGGCGCAGAUAUGGGACACUGCGGGGCAGGAAAGAUAUAGGAGUAUAACAAGUGCCCAUUACAGAAGAAGCGCAGGGGCUAUAUUAGUGUAUGACAUAACUAAGAGAAAAACGUUCUUAAGUAUUUCUAAAUGGCUAGAAGAAAUUAGGCAAAAUGCGGAUAAAGACAUUGUAAUUAUGCUAGUGGGGAAUAAAGUAGAUAUUACUGAGAAAGAUGAAAGCAAAAGAAAGGUUACAUAUGAACAGGGAGCAAGUUUCGCUAGGGAAAAUAAUUUAUUUUUCGCGGAGGCUUCGGCCGUAUCAAAACUUAAUGUAAAACAUAUAUUUGAAAAUCUAUUACAAGAAAUAUAUAAUAACAGGUUAAAGAAUAAUAACAGGAGCUUCAGUACUCGCAGUGGUGCUACUUAUGACAGCGCAAUACAGCUAACUAAGGCGCGGAGUAUAAUCAAGUUAAAUGACAUAAAAGACAAUGAAAGUGAAGACGAUAAUAAAAACAAAAUGAAAUGCUGCUGA